UUAAAAAGGAGGUCAUAUAAUAGGGGUCGUCCGUAAUGAUGGUAUAGAAUUUUGAAUGUCACUUGCAAAUGAAGGCAUAUCAAAUAUGGAAAAAAAUGUUGCCUUGCAACAGACCACAUACGGACCCUCACAUAGUCGUUGCUAGGGUACAUAAGGCGUGGCACUCUCUGUACACGAGGAAUCGUAUUUAACGUCUCCAUUUUGACCAUAUUGAUUGUAUCCGACUUUUUAUUCUAACAAAGAUAUUAUUAAGAAAAUAAUUUUAUCUCAUACGAUAUUGUAAUAAAUAUGUCUUUUGUUUAGUUCAAAAGGCACCGGGGUCAUUGAAGGAUAUUCCUGCCCGUUCGUGUGUCUGUCCACUACAAACCUAGUUUCUGUAUAUUAUUUGGAACCUUUAAAAUUAUCUCUUUAUGAUUUCCCAUACCUCUUCUUAUAAAAUUUAAUGAAAAAGGAAGUAAUCCUAACACAGGAAAAGAUAUUUUAUAAAUUAGAAGUAUAAAUAAUUUUCUGAUUACUUUUCCUGUCGUCACAAGAGAUGAUUUCCGACUACAUCACAUUUUCGUGUAAUCCGAGGACGCCAGUUAUAGUGUUUAUUAAAUACAGAAUGGAGUUAAUUCACAUUUUCUUAUUUUUUAGCGUUGAUUUUCUUUCUGUGAUGCUGGCUACUGGUAAACCAGACAAACCAAAGGAUAUCAAAGUAACUGUUACAGGAAACACUACCAAAGUGUCCUGGCAAAUUCCACUACAGACUGGCUUUUCAAGAAUAUAUCUGAAAAACUCAGCAACAACGUACGUUUCUUUGGACUUACCAAGGAGCGUCUCGACAGAAAGGCGUAGAAUGAAUAGGGAUUUACAUGCACCAGCAUCCAGUAUUGUGAUUGAGGGAUUACAGAUGUGUUCUGAAUAUGUCGUCAUAAUUAUGAUUUAUGGUGAUGGAGCAUUUUCAGAAGAAACCGAACAAAAGUUUUGGAUAACCAAUGAGCUAGAACCACCUAAAAAUGUUACAAUACAAGUUAUCGGAAAUAUUGCUAAAAUCUCGUGGACAAUCACAACAACCCAUGAGGUAAACACUUCGCUGGUUUCUCUUUUCGAUUCAAAUGGAACCAAAGUGUCAAUCGAUUCAUCAAACAACUAUAAAUAUUUGAAAUUUCGAGUCAGAAGCUAUGAGAUUAUUAAUCUAACGUUAUGCUCAGAAUAUGCUGUCAAAAUUGAAUACCAAAGUCGAGGAGUGUGGUCAGGCGUCACCGAACAGAAGUUUUGGAUGACAAACAAUACUUUUACUGCUGACAUCAAUGACGAUGCAGUGUUAUCAUGGACGACCAAUAAGACCAACGAAUUUAAGGUCAUGGCGCCCUUUAAUUCGAAAGUCAUAUAUAGCGUACAAUUCGGCAAUGCGAACAUACCUAAUUCUGGAGAGGAGAAAUACAUAUUUGACAAAACGACACAGGAUGUGAGAGCCAUAAACAUAACAGUCAUCCGUGUAAACAAGGCAGAUGCUGGGAUAUACAGAGCAGAAGGAGAUAACAAACAUGUGGAUGGGUGCUGUUUGUUAAUUGUAACAAGUAAACCGAUAAAUACAAAAUUAACUCUUAAACCUGAGCAUCCAUUUGUUGGUGAUAAUGUAACUUUUACGUGUUCUUCAACGAUACAGCGAUGGCCUGCAGGAUAUAGAUCUUCACACCUGUCAUAUCAAUUUCAUGGGAACAAACCUGGAGCUACUGACAACAAUAGGUUAAUGAUACACACACUUACUAAGUCGGACAAAGGAACAAACAUAAAAUGCCAGGCAACUGAUGAUCUUGGAAAAGUGUCAAACAUGAGUAAUACUGUUACAUUAGAUCCGUAUUAUGGUCCUGACAAUGUUGUGAUGGAACCUGCGAUCGCAAUUAUUAAUUUAACAGAAGGAACCGCAUUAGGCCCUAUACAUUGUAAUGCAACCUGCAAUCCUGGAUGUAAAUACACAUGGAAAGAAAAUUGGGCAGGUAGAUUCAAACCCGUUCCAAAUGAAUUCAUUUUAAACAACAACCGGAGUGUACAUGUUCUAGCAAUAAAGAGGAAUCAAAACGGAACCUACCGUUGCAGGGUAGAUCAUUCUACAGGUGAUGUAAAGAAGACAAAAGACAUAUUAGUGAAUGUACAGUAUUCUCCUAAAAUAACUGAUAUCUGGUUUAGUUCUAACGAUCAGAGAUAUGAAGUACGUACUCCUACAACUUUUGAUUUCAAUGAAGAGGUAAAUGUGAAGAUGACACUGCGUAUGGAAAGUAAUCCUGGUCCGCAAAUAAUGUUUAAAUCUUCCUUGUUGAAAAUUCAACGUAUUAAUAAGGGAAAUGGGUUUAUUGAUUACAUAUCUAACCUACCUUCUCUUAGAUGUGAAGAUUCGGGAAACUUCUCAAUACGGGCUAGUAAUGGGAUACCAUUUGCAGAUACCAGAACGGUGAACUUAAAAAUAUGUUGUAAACCUAGGAAUGCCACAGCAAAAUCAAGACAAAUAGGAACAAAAGUGGAUACAACUGAAAACAUAGUAAUGCAUGUAGUAUCGUUCCCGUUGCCAACUGUAGAGUGGUGUCGUGUGACUCGGUCCGAUUGGACUGUUACGAAAGAAAGAUAUGAUUACAGAUAUAAAAUUGAAUCAGAAAUACAUAUUGAAUCGGAAAAGGACCUUGGUGUGUAUGGAUUAAAGAUAUGUAACAAAUUAGGAUGUAUUGAGGAAAAUAUCACUUUGACACCGGAAGAUAAGCCAGAAGCACCGACAAAUGUUUCAGUCGAGACAAUAACAUUCAGAUCAGUAAACUUAUCCUGGAUUGUUGGGUUUAAUGGCGGACACAAGCAAACAUUUUCCGUCCUUUUUAAAGCUACAGAUAAUGACAACUGGGAAACAAGGGAAGAAGUACAUACUGGAGAGUCUACGACGGGGAGUAAGGUAUACUACACAUUGGAUCAUCUUGCAGCAAACAAGCAAUAUCACGUAAUCGUAAGGUCAACAAACAAACAUGGAAACAGGAGUGCAUCACUGGAUUUCAAAACAAAAGUGGAACCUACUUUAGCAUCGCCAUCGAAAUCGGGUUCCGAUUCAAUCCCGAUUGCUUGUGGUGUUGUUGGUGUACUUCUGAUUAUAGUUAUUACUCUAUUAGUGUUUUUCAUCAAAAGAAAGAAACGCAGUAAAACUGAACCAAAAGAAAGCAAUGUGUUGUAUGCAGCAGUUGAUAAGGAACAACAGAAAAGCAAACGGCGAAAUACGGAAAAGGAAGAUUCCAAAGAACCUGCGAAUGCCGAGUAUGCGUCUGUUGUCAAACCAAAAUCUAAAUCUAAAAAGGUACACUACAAAGAAGACGUAACUGAAUCAGCAAACGAUGAAUAUGCAGUUGUGGACAAAUCAAAUAAAAAGAUAGAUUACACAGAGAACGACAAUGUAUAUGCAAAUCAAGGCGAUGCAGAUUUGCUUAUACAUCAACCGUUGAAAACAAAGCCAUCUGGACGGAGCAAAAAUAAGGAUGGUUUGACAUACAUAGAAGUAUCCUUCACAAAGAAGCCAAAACGACGUCGUAUCAUUGGAGCUGAAAACAGGACUGACUAUGUUGAUAUCGAUUUCACAAGGAAAGCUGAUCCAUUACCAGAUAGUUCAGAUCAAUAACCUCUUUAUAACUGAUUUUUUUUUCUAGUCAAGUAUUGUUUUAAACAUGUUUAAAUAUCGAAUAUGUUUUAACAGUUUGAAGUGUAUCACUUGUACAUUCGCAAAAAUGUUAAGAGGAUCUGGAUGGGAUUAAUAGAAAAUAGAACUAACAUAUACAAAGUUGGGUAACGAUUGACAGCAAAAAUAAAGGAAUAGAGAUUAAUGGCCUAAAAACUAAAGUAUACAUAAAUAAAUACAUCCUCAUUCAGACCCUCGCACUAAGUAUUCCAAAACUUCAGAUCAAUCUGACUCGAAAUAACCGAAGUUCUUCUUUCAGAUGAAAAUAUUGCUUGUGUGUAAGUCAAGCCGUAACUUUAAAAAUUAACAAUAAAACUGGAAGGUCUGCAGUGUCAUUUUUGAUUUCGAAUACUUUUUAAAAGUCAUACACCCACCAUUGCAGUGUGUUUGUGUGUGAGAAAAAAAAGAGAUAGAGAGAGAGAGAGAGAGAAUUUAAUCUAAAAUGUUUUUGUUAAAGUGCACAUCUUGGUCAUUUUGUUAUCAAGAGAUAGAAAGAAUGUUCUACUGUCAUGUAAAAAAUGUUUUGCUUUUUUUUAAUUUUGCACGAUACAGCUUUUUGAUGUUUAUCUUUUCAUUUACAUGGUUUUUUUUUAAUUGUUGUUAUCAAUUAUUUUAAUGUGUUACUAUAUUGUAUAUAUAGCUUUCCAGCCCUGAUGAAUAUUCGUUUAUUAGUCCAAAUUCGAUUCAUGUAAAAAUUCGCAAUAAGUUAAUGAACUAAAAAUACACUUGAACUCAAUCAAUAAAAUUUACCCUCAGAUCAAUUUACAAACUAUUCUAAUGCACAGAAUUUUGAUUAUUUAAAUUUAAUAAGAAAAUUUGUUUCAUUUCCGAUUCAAGUCGAUGACCUGGAAUGUAUCUAGUCUAGAUAUACGUCAUUUUUUACCAACCACCAGAGAUAAUUGCAUAUUUUUUUAUAAAAUAUUCUUUGAAAUCGUUAAAACAUAAGUGUUCUAUAACAAAAUACUCCUGAUUAAUUGACAUCUGUCAAAAGUUAAACGAAUAUUUCCCAUGCUACAUUUACAUUCUAAUCGGAACUACAUUACACCACUUUAAUUCAAAAUCCGUAACGCCAUUUUGUUUCAUUGUCCUUCAUUGUAAUAUUAUAUUUGUUUGUAGCAAUUUAAAUUAACAUAUUAUUGAACAUUAAACUGAUAGUAUCAUACACAACUGACUGUUCAAUCGUUAAUACGUUAUACUCGAUGACUUAGCGAUUGACUCAUUUUGCAUGUUCUUUUUGUUUUGUUUUUUGUUUUUAUUUAUUCGUUUUGCAUGCAUAAUCUUUAUUUUUGUUUGUUUUAUAUGUUUUGUAGAAUGUUGUAUGUCUUAAUUUGUUUUUCGUUUCGCCAUAAUGGUGUGGGUUAACUCCAACUUGUGUGUUUUAUUAUCCCCUCUCCCUGUUUUAUUUUUGUUUAAAAGAGCGGACGAAACGCCAUCGUCAAGAAACCAAAUUAAAGGAGAAAACUAAAGUUGUCCCGUUUAUCAUAUAUUUAGACAUAAAGGUUACCAUGGGAAUGAGUUACUUACAUCCGUGUAAUUUGUAAUUUCCAUUACCAGAAAUUUCAGAUCAAUAACCUCUUUAAAACUGAUAUUUUAUCCCAAGUAUUGUUUUAACAGAAUUGAGAAUGGAAAUGGGGAAUACGUCAAAGAGACAACAACCCGACCAAAGAGUAGAAAACAGCCGAAGGCCACCAAUGGAUCUUCAACACAGCAAAAAAAAUCCCGCACCCGGAGGCGGGCUUCAUCUGGCCCCUAAAUAAAAAUGUGUACUAGUUCAGUGAAAAUGGACGUCACACUAAACUCCAAAACAUAUAAAUGAACUAAAAUUAAAAAACAUACAUGACUAACAAAGGCCAGAGGCUCCGACUUGGGACAGGCGCAAAAAUGCGGCGGCAUUAAACAUGUUUUAUGACAUGCUUAAAUAUGGAAACAUGUUUUAACAGUUUGAAGUGUAUAAAUUGUACAUUCGCAAAAAUGUUAAGAGGAUCUGGAUGGGGUUAAUAGAAAAAAGAAUAAUGGGAAACUAACAUAUAAAAAGUUGGUGAACAAUUGACAGCAAAAAUAAAGGAAUAGAGAUUAAUGGCCUAAAAACUAAAGAAUACAUCAAUGAAUUCAUCCCCAUCAAGACCCUCACACUAAGUAUUUCAAAAAUUCAUAUCAAUCUGACUAUAAAUCCCCGAAGUUCCACUUUCAGAUGAGAAUAUUGCUUGUAUGUCAGUCAGGCCGUAACUAUAUAACCGGCAAUAAAACUGGAAGGUCUGCAGGGUCAUUUUUCAUUCGAAUAUUUUUAAAAGUCAUACAAACUUAGAAAAUUUAAUCUAAAGAGUUUGUGUUAAAGUGCACACCUUGGUCAUUUUGUUAUCAAGAGGUAGAGAGAGUGUACUACUGUCAUGUAAAAUAUUUUGUUUUGUUUUUUUAAUUUUGCACGAUACAGCUUUUUAUGUUUAUCUGUUCAUUUACAUGGUGUUUUUUUUUUAUUGUUGUUAUCAAUCAUUUUAAUGUGUUACUUUAUUGUAUAUAUAGCUUUCCUGCCCUGAUGAAUAUUCGUUUAUUACAUUUUAUCUUGCAUAGAAUUAGUACUUCUGCGAAAGAAAAAAUCAAAAGUCCAAAUUCGAUUCAUGUCAAAAUUCGAAAUAAGUGAAUGAACUAAAAAAUACACUUGAACUCAAUCAAUAAAAUUUACCCUCAGAUCAAUUCACAAACUAUUUUAAUACAAAGAAUGUUGAUUAUUUAAACUCAAUAAGGAAAUUUGUUUCAUUUCCGUUUCAAGCCGAUGACCCGGAACGAAUCUGGAUAUACGUAAUUUGUUUUACCAACCACCAAAAAUAAUUGCAAAUUAUUUAUAAAAUAUUCUUCUAAAUCGUUAACACAGAAGUGAUCGAUAACAAAGUAUUCUUUAUCAAUUUACAUCUGUCAAAAGUUUAACGAAUAUUUCCCAUGAUACAUUUACAUUCUAUAGAAUCAGUUAAAUUACACCACUUUAAUUCAAAAUCCGUAACGCCAUUUUGUUUUAUUGUCCUUCAUUGUAAUAUUGUAUUUGUUUGCAGCAAUUUAAAUUAACAUAUUAUUGAACUUUAAACUGACAGUAUUAUACACAACUGCCUGUUCAAUCGUUAAUACGUUACACUCGAUGACUUAACGAUUGACUCAUUUUGUAUGUUGAUUUUUUUUUUUCGAUUUAUUCGUUUUGCAUGCAUAAUCUUUAAUUUUGUUUGUUUUAUGUGUUGUAAGAUGUUGUAUAUAUAUGAUUGUUUUCAUCGUUUUUCGUUUUGCCAUAAUGGUGUCUGUUAACUCCGACUUAUGUGUUUUAUUAUCACCUCUCCCAGUUUUAAUUUUUUUUAAAAGAGCCGUUGAAACGCCAUUGUCAAGAAACAAAAAUUAAAGAGAAACGUAAAGUUGUCCCGUUUAUCAUAUAUUUAGACAUAAAGGUUACCAUGGGAAUGCGUUACUUACAUCCGUGUAAUUUGAUCUGUAGUGGAUAGUUGUCUUAUUGGCCAUUAUACUACAUCUCCUUAUCGUUAUAUACUCGUGCAUGAUCAAAACCCUGGAAUGGUAAUUGUCUUAGUGAGUACUCUGAGCAUAAACCAUCAAACGCGUGAAGCCUUAAUUUAAAUACGUUGAUCUAUAAGUGUAAAUUUCAAAGAAUACACUUUGAAGCGUAGUAUUAUCGUACAUACAUGUACAUUUAAUUUUCAGAUUUGUCACCGAUUAAUUCUUGUUAUAACGCGUUGAUCGAUUGCUGUCAGUUCUUCAGACCGUGGGGAGAAACGCGUUUAUUAAGUAAUGAAACUUCUUUAUAAUUGUGGCGGAAUGCCAACAUUUUUAACCAUGCUCAUUGAUUUCAAGUAAUUUGAAAAAAAAACUCAUAUACUGCCCCGUUUUAGGGGAAAUUACUUCAGACGAUCUUAAAGUAGAUCGGAUGUCUUCCGCCAUCUUGGAUUGUAAAAUAACAGAAAACAAUCGGUCAAGAUCUUUAAUGAAAUCUGCAAAUUUUGAGAGAAGAAUGGAAUUCAUUUGUGAGAAUUUUCAUUUAGAUAAUAAAAAUCAUGUGUUUAUCAUAUUUUAAAGAUUGAAAACGGAAAAUUCAUGUUUGUUUUUUUUUUGUUUUUUUUUUUUUGUUUUUUUUUUGUUUUGUUUUUUUUUUCAACUUUGCCAUAUAAAGGGAGAUAACUGAAAUAAUGUAUUUUUUAUAAAGGAAUGUGUUAUGAAUUCACGUAUUUGGUUUAGUAGCAAGAAAACGAGUCCCGUGUCCUCAAUUUUUCUUUUUAUUUUCUGAAAGCACAUUAUAAGAUCUAUCUUCUUAUAUUUUAUUUUCGAAUUCUAUGGUUUAGGUUUCUUUUUAUCACUCAAACGUUUGGACUCUAUCAACAAUCUAUUCAAAAUCUGACAAUUUUGUAUAACCUGUAGCUUGAAAAAAGGCCCGGUGACCCUUACUUUUUAUUGAAAAAAAAAACAUGAUAUAAUGUACAUUUUGGCAAAUUAUUAAAAAACUAUAUGGAUUUUAAUUUAGACCUCCAUCUAACUUUAUAAAAACAAUUGGCAGUUGUGGUUUGGUGUAGCGUGUUUUUAUUGAACAUAUUUAUAAAUACAGUCUUCUUUUAUUUCAUUGUUCAGUAUAUUUAAAGUCAAAUAUCUGUAAAACGAUCCGUAUAAUUACUACAUUUGUAGUUGUGAUCCAAUUCAUGUUGUAACGCGAAAGAAGGAAGUAGAUUUUAUUGAAAGAAAAUACUGAUUUCCGGAAAUAAGCUGACGAUGAGAGAUUAGUAAGUACGUAAGUGAUUGAUACAAUACAUUGUCAACUUUCCGUUUGUUAAGUGUUUUUUCAUCUUUGUUUCCUUUUCAACUUCAGAUGACACUUCCACGCAUUCGCGGAACACCACGAGAUAUAGAUCGAUUUCUACUUUUAAAAGUUUGCUUUCAUCAAUAUGGUUAGCAACUGCUCAAAGGAAAUAUUUCUAACUAGGAAAAAUAGAGAGAUAAAAUCAAACUAAGUGAAAAAUUAUAUCACUUUCCGAUCUAUAUACAUGAAGUGGUUUCAGUUUUAGUUAAUUAUUUACGCAUUUUUAAUUAACAAAAAUAAACAUACAAUAUUCAAAUUACAUAUACAUGUGUAACAUGAUUGAUCAGUUUGAACACUGUUUUUAAUAUUUUCAAAUAUGAAUAACUAUUUAUAGCUCAUUCUUAAACAGCAUCCAGCUUAAAUCACUAAGUACAAAGAGGCCUGAACUUUCAUAAUUUUGUGAGGGGCUGGACGUGGGGCCUUCAUAUCUUUAUUCUUAAUUCUUUAUACCAUUUUUCUCUAUCCAUUAUAUUUCAGCAUCAUAAUGAGGGGAUGGUCAAGGUUAAGGGAACAUGGGAAUGAGGGGGCAGGAAGCGGGAGUCAUUGGCAGUAACCGAUGAAAGAGGGGAGUACAAAUAGAGAUGUUCUGGGGAAAAAGUUUUGAUCAAUUUCGUCUGGGAGUAAGGAGGAGGAAAGCAGGAGUAUGAGGGGAGGGAAGUGGAAGUCAGAGGGAGGUUAGUGGGACUUAGGGGUAGGGAAGUUGGAAUCAGGAACCCCCUGUCCACCCCUCCAUUAUUCUCUAUUUUUUAUUUUUCAACACACCAUUAUUCUCUUCUUUUUUAGCUGAUUAUUCUAUUUUCUUUAUUUUUUUGGCCAUUCUGCACUUUUGCCCAUUAUAUUUCUAUUCUGUAAAACCCAUCCAGAUCCUCUUUUAUAUAUAUGAAAAUGAAACCCUUUGGAUAGUGUACUGUAUUGUGGAGUAUAAAAAAAUAAUAUUUACUUCUUUGUACCUUACAGUUGAGCAAAAUAUAGAUUUUUUUUAAUUCUGUACAGAAACAAAAAGAUUCAGAACAUAUUUCUAACACUUGAAUUUGCACUUACUCACACCACUCCAGUCUACUUUUAUCUUAUAUUUUACCUUAAAUUGUUCAAUUUCCUUCUUUUUUUAUUUGUAGAAAAUACAUCUGUACAUUCAUAUCAUGUUUUCGUUGUGAUUUAAUGUUUUUGUGAUUAUAUUUUUAUAAGAAGAGGACUUCUCUAAUUUUGUAAUUAUAAUUUGUGUUCAAAGCUUUUUGCUUUUCUUUUCAAUAAAAUACCAUUAAACUAAA